AUGUAAAGCUGUGUACAGCCCUUCGUUGGUACUUACUCCACCCAGUAGAUGGACCGAAGUCGAACAAUGUGGGAGUCAAGUAUCCUGCACGCUCAACAGGACGGAAAGAAAGACAUGGCAGCGUUACUUUAAUUUUGUUAGAUGUUUCUCCUUUUUUUUAACGUUUGUCAUACUUUCAACCGGUUUUGUUUAACCGUACGGUCGUGGAUCUUAAUUUCGUGCGACGUGAUCAUUUUUGUCGGAUCGGUACCCGGGUAAACGAAACAAUUAUAAAAACUGGCAUAACCUAACAACCCGACAAGAAGCAAUUGUGUUUAAUCCUGAUUCAAAGAGAAUGGCAAUGAACGAGGACUUCAGUUUCGCCGAAAUGUGUCGACUGUGCUCGUUGAAAAGUAAUCAUCAGUUGCAGAUAUUCGACAAGGAAGGCGAACAGAGACAGUUGCUGUUUAAAAUACGUUCCUGCAUUCCUGCUGUGAUAACGAAAGAAGAUGCAUUGCCGAAAAAUAUUUGCCAGCGGUGCGUGUACAAGCUAGAUAUGUUUUACGAGUUUCGUGUUAGCUGCAUGACGACGGACACGGUGCUAAAGAAUUACGCGGAUAGCCUGAAACACCUUGCCGCUUCUGUGAAUCAGGUUUCGGACAAGGACAAGAUGUCUAAUGGUAGCCAGCAGCAACAGCAACGAUCGGCUUAUGUGGAAGCGCAUGCCGUCGCUCAUGCUGCUGUUCAGCAACAUAUGGCACAACAAGCUGCACAAGCGAGACUGGCUGGACCUGGUCCACCUGCAACUUCUCAGACACCCAAUUCGACGUUCACGUUACCCGACGAUGGUUUAGGCUAUGACGAUGGAGUACGGGUGCUUCGUUCGAUCGGUACAUGGUCUCCGGAUUAUACGGCAGCGAUGCGCCCAGGCGGCGUGAUGCCGCCGUUCCCUGGCACAAUGGAUCAGCAGUUCGGAAGCAGAGCUCCGACUGUGAAUCAACCGUUACGAACGACGAACAAUGUUACUUCUCGUCCGGGAUUCGCGUCAAAGGCUACAAACACUGGCGAACCCGCAACGAAGGCGUUCGCGUGCACCGUUUGCGGCAAGGGUCUCGCCCGUAAAGACAAGCUGGUCAUUCACAUGCGCAUCCACACCGGGGAGAAGCCGUACUCCUGCGAGGUUUGCGGCAAAGCGUUCGCUCGUAGAGAUAAGCUAGUUAUUCACAUGAACAAGUUGAGACACAGACCGGGUGUGGCGCCUCUCUCUACACCAUCUGCUCCGAAUUCGGAUCAUCAACAACAACAACAGCAACAACAGCAGCAGCAGCAGCAGCAGGCGCAGCAGCAACAGCAACCGCAACAACCGCAGCAACAGCAAUCUCGUCAAGACAACACUAUACUCAAGUUGAAAGAGGAACCAGUUAGUUGGGCCUGCGAAUUGUGCGGCCGAGCGUUAGCGACGAGGGAUGAGUGGAUGCAGCACGCUCGUUCUCAUUUGGAAGCAUCGGCACCGCCGCAGCACGCAGCGCCGUAUUUCCCGGGUUCGGCAGCUCCUCCACAGCCGUACGCCUCCGAGAGGCAUUUCUGUCUCAUGUGCCGUACAGAUUUCACGGACAAGGCUGAAUUCAUGUUCCACGUACGCUCCCAUUUCGAGCCCCACGCUCAGCAAACAUCGUCACAGCAUUCGGGCGGCAAACAGGCCGGGGAUCCGGCAACUGCUGAGCUGAUCGCCCGCGGUCUGGUUGAUCCUUCAGGAUUAUGCAGCUAGAAUUAUCCUUCUUGUCAUUACGCGCCAUCGAUUCGUGUCUUACCAUAGUACAAGUUCUCUCUACUUCAUUCUCGACAAAAACUUUCUUUGCAUAGAAUGUCAUGCGUAUUGUGAUCGUAAUAAAUAUCCUAUAUGAUUUAUUAGCGAGAGACGCACAGCAAUGGUACGUGUCUUGUAUAAAGUAUCGAUACACCCAUGGCCGACUCCAGUGCAGGUGAGAACAUAGCGAAAUUGGCGGCUCUGUUAUCAGUUCUAUAUGUUUUAUAUUUGUCUUAUAAAAAUAACAGUUUGAACAGAGAUAGAAGUCGUAUCAUCAGGUCGAAGUUUCCUUUAUAUACACGUGUUGUCUAAUUGUAUGUUCUGAUCUGUAUAAAAGCUGGACCCGAUGAUAGACCUCUUCGUCUAUCGCUUGUUUCGUUUUGCAGAUCAUUCUUUUUGUUUCCAAGAAAACAGAGAAUAAUAUUUUUCGCGUUACGCAACAUAUCAAUUAAAAAUUUCGAGUAACCCGUAAGUCUGCUGCUGUGCGUCCGGAAUUUUCUGUAUAAUUACUUGAGACAUGUAUGUUAUUUGUCAGAUGUUUAGAUAUCGGCGCGAUACUGAUAUGCAUUGGUAAUAGAAUCCACUAUUGCGUCAAUAUUUAAGUACGAUUACUUAAUAGUAUACGUUCCUACAUAGCUAGCUUCCCACCAUCAUUAACCAUUAGCAGUAUUCGCUAUCCGAUAUAGGUUUGUUCUCAAUGCCAUUUUAUAUUUUUUACUCAUCCUAUUUUACUGUAAUUGACUUUAUCGUGAUCUACUUUUUACAAUCUAUAUGUUUUAUUGUUUCUGGACAAUUGUUUCUAGCAUUGUACGUUUUAACAUAUUCAAACUAUAUUUAACGUUGUGCUUAACUAAUUUUACGAAAUUACUAUUCCACUGUUUUCGUUCGGAGUAGAAUACAGUAAUUUCCGGAUGUAUGGCCGCGAGUCAUCCAUGGAAGUGCUCGCUCCAAGCUGGUAUUCCACUAGCGUUUUAACAUGUUUGUAACACACUCUUCUUUUCAGAGUAUCGUACCUUUUCUCUUUCUGUUUCGCCGUCAUCAUUUUUCGGUGUUACAGACGUGCUCGGUUACGACUGUGGAAAGCCGAUGGCCAUGUAUUCAGAGACUACUGUAGUUUAAGUAAUUACUACUGAAGUUCUCAAUUCCAGUUAUGUGAUUCUAAUUAUUCUCUUUUUUAAAGUGAUGUUUCAAUGAUCUUCCAAAGGCAACAUACUAUUAGCCACAUAACGUAGCAUACCAAACGUGUAGUUUUUACCGUGGUACUGUGUAAGCAUUGACAAUAUUACCAUACUUAAUUAUCCUUAGAUAGCUAUUUUCAAUUAUUUCCUCUCUUUUUAAUUAAUUUCCUCCUCUUCCACACGUUCGUUGUUACGAUCAUCUUCAAAACCUAAAAUACUGGUAAUUAACUAGGGAGCAUAGGACUCGGGUUACAUUAUACGUGCGUUUAUUUUGGCAUAAUUAAAACAAGAAGGAAAGAACAACAUAUGCGGGUUUUUACAGAUUAGCAGGCAUCUGACUGCUGUUUUAAGUAAAAACAAUUUUCCUUAUUGUAAUAUUAAUUAACAAACCGAUUCGAUAAGACAAUAAUUCUAUAUUAAUUGUCUUUAUUUUUAAAUAUAAAAUCUACAUUGGUACAUUACAAUAUUGAUUCGUGAAAUGAUUUACAAGAGACCCGCAUCGUGAAUAAACUGCCUCUUCCAAUAACCGAAUAGAAACUCGCUUCCGCAGCGCUUAACUUCCUCACGUCUUUAGAAUAGAAAUAUUAGAUAGUCAUGGCGAAUAGAUAAUGUCGCAAGGAAACUGCCGUGCCUCCUGCCUCACGUACUACCCACUUUCGGCUUCUUUUCGAUCUUAAUAACUUCCGGGAAAACGGUGCCUAAAAUGGUAUACUUCAAAAAAGGAAUGAAAAAAAGUGAAGCAAAGCCUACCGUUUAGGUAUAUAUUUUGUAUAAUUCUAACUAGUGCAAUAUAGAAAUAAUCAAAUCGACAAUAGUUGCGAUUGUUGCGGAGAGAACGAAGGACGAGAAGAGAAAAGUAUGUUUUGCGAGUAAUCCUGAAAGAAAAUAUAUUCGAACACUCGUCAAACGCAAGUACACAUGUAUGUGUAUGUAUAUUAACCAUUUAUAGCGACUUAACUGAUAACCAUGUAAAAAGAAAACGAAAAGACAAGAAAUGCCGGCCUCUUUUUUAAUGCCGUUAACGAGAACAUUUUUUACACACUUUGUAUGUAUGUGCAUGUAGGAUAGAGACACGCGGAACGUCGAGCACGGAACACAAUAUGAAAGCGCAGAUCCGUAUCGUAAAAAUUUGAUAAGUAUGCAGCUCUGUGGACUUGCACGCGUGCAGUUUCACUUCUUUAACGUCCGUGUAUCAUUAGGAAUCGAUGAUAGUUGACGCAACGAUGCGAUUGAAAGAAAGGAAGGAUGAAGAAAAUUAAUACAUUCGAUUAAAACGAUUAUGCCUGCCAUUCGCGCGCCGUCGAUGUGAUGUAAAUGUUUGGAGAUUGAAGUAAUAAGUCCAGCGCUGUCUUCGUUUUUUCCCUUGUUUCCAAGAGAAUUUUUGUGUGCUAGGCGAGAAGAGCGAUGACUCGUAAUCGUGACUAACAGACACGAUCGAGUCGAAUGCUAUAUUUAAAUAGACGUAUAGUGCCUUUUCUCUGGGACUUAUCGCUCCGAUCAUUUGAAAUUAGAACGUGUUGAGGAGGCACAAUGGCAUAAGUAUUUUUAAAUAGCGAUAAGUUAGGUUUAUAGGGAUUACAUGGCGAGCGUUGGUUUUUCCUCGUUCUUUUACUCUACGAUCAUCAUUCUUUUUAAUUAUUUUUAUUUUUUGACGUUGUUUUGAAGAGAGUAAAUGUUCGAUGCCACUGCCUCUAAUAGCAGCUGUUUUUUUGUAGACUACUUUUAUACUGUUGAUGUCAGACGCAGCUAAUCAGAGUCAGUAUGUUACUGCCAUAAUCAUGAAACAAAAUGUAUAACCGAUAUACCUUUAUAAAUAAAACACGACUGAGAAAAAGUAAA